AUGUCUCCGUUCUUCUUUUUCAAUGAUGGACUUCAAAACAUUAAUAAAGAAUCCCCACAAAAACAAACUAAAUACUGCACAAAGCCGUGCGUCUUCUUUAUGCAAAAUGGGUACUGCAAAAAGGGGGAAAAUUGCACCUUCUCGCACGACAUCUCCGCGUUCAUGGAAAGUCACAGCUCACCACCACAAAAGCAGUUUGUCUCCGUCGACAAAUUGUAUCGAACAAAGCCGUGCAAGUACUUCUUUGAAACCGGAACGUGUCGGAAAGGAAAACACUGUAAUUUCUCCCACGACUUAAGUCUGAGAGACGAAUAUUUGAAAGGAAAUUAUUACUAA